AUGUACGACAAGUUGCAGCCGGGGGUCGUGAUGGGGCUGGCGUGGACGGCCAUGGGCGGGUCGUCGCUGUAUAUUGAAACCACGACCGUGCAAACCAAAGGAGGCAAGGGCAGUUUGGUCACCACGGGUCAGAUGGGCAGUGUCAUGGAGGAAAGCACUAAGAUUGCGCACACAUUUGCUCGACACAAGCUGGAACAGCUCGAGCCCGACAAUGCCUUCUUUGAAGCCGACUUGCACUUGCAUGUGCCCGAAGGUGCCACUCCCAAGGACGGUCCAUCAGCUGGCUGCACGAUGGUCACUGCGCUGCUGUCGUUGGCAUUGGACAAACCUGUGAAAUCCGAUCUGGCCAUGACGGGCGAGCUGUCGCUGACGGGCAAGGUACUUCCCGUGGGCGGGAUCAAAGAGAAGACAAUCGCCGCGCGUCGGUCUGGCGUCACGACCCUCGUGCUGCCCUUUGGCAACCAAAAGGACUUUGAAGAGUUGCCAGACUACUUGAAGCAAGGACUGGACGUCCACUUUGCCACUGUCUAUGACGACGUGUACAAAGUGGCGUUGGAUUACUAG